AGAAUGUAUUUCAGCGUUCCAACCGGUCACACUGGUGACCUGACAUAACAUAACAAUAAUCGAAAGAUGAAUAAAUGUUUUAGAUACCAGCCCCGAAUAUUUCAGUCCCAGCUCAGCAUAUCGCGAUGCUAUGCAGCAGUUCAAUCGGAAUCGCCACCGCCACAAAAAAAGCCCGGUGUUGGUUUGGCCCAGAAACCUGAUCCGAAAUUGGUGAAGUGUGAUUAUAUAGGACCGCCAGAUGCGCAGUCUAAUCUACGACCGUAUGUGCGCCACUAUGACGACAAUGAAACGAGACUAGCAAGGAGUCUGCGAUUGAAACGAAUCGAGGUGGAGGCUUGGAACACAGAUUUCUGGACGAGGCACAACAAACGCUUUUAUGAGGAGAAGGAGGACUUUAUCCGCCUGCAUACAGAGAGCGGUACUAGUGAAGUGUCGGCGGAUCAAAUGAGCCACUUCUACAAGGCAUUCCUCGACAAGAAUUGGCGCAUUCACAUGAUGUACAAUAUCUCCUGGUACCUGAAGAACUUCGAUAUCCUCACUCUGGCCGCUGCAGUUCAGCUUCAAAAACUUCUAGCGUUGUCCAAACGGAGAACUUAGUUGCAAAAUUUAUAGUCCUUGUUCUUGUUUUUUUUUGUUUCUAUAAGUUGAAGUAAAACAUCGUGUGUAUAAAAUGGUGGCAUAAAAUUUACUUAACUAUUAAAGGGGAUGAAAAUUACACGUUGCUUGGAGUUAAUAUACUUAAAAGUAAUUGCAAAACUAUUUAAAUAAAAUAAAAUAAAAAUAGGUA